AAAAUAACUUUCCAUUUCUUCACAACCUUCCUACCAAGCAAACUUUUAUUAUUGUGACUCAAACGUUUGAGAAGAUGGCAAGUGACCGGAAAUUUUUUGUUGGCGGCAACUGGAAGAUGAAUGGCAGCAAGGCAAAAGUAGAUGAAAUUUUGAAGUUUAUGAAUGAUGCCAGUUAUAACGCAGAGAAAGUGGAUGUUGUUUGUGCACCACCUUCCAUAUAUGUUCAAUACACUAGAAACCAGUUGAGGAAGGAUGCUGGAGUUGCUGUUCAGAAUUGCUACAAAGUUUCCAGUGGAGCAUUUACUGGUGAAAUAAGCCCUGAAAUGGCAAAAGAUAUGGGCUGUGAUUGGGUCAUUCUUGGACAUUCUGAAAGGAGACACAUUUUCAUGGAAUCGGAUGAGCUCAUUGGGGAGAAGGUAAAGCAUGCACUUGCAGCAGGAAUUAAGGUCAUUGCAUGUAUUGGGGAGCUGCUCAGUGAAAGAGAGGCAGGAAAGACACAAGAAGUUGUUUUCAGACAAAUGAAGGCAAUUGCAGAUAAUGUUGAUAAUUGGAAUAAUGUUGUGAUUGCCUAUGAACCAGUCUGGGCCAUUGGAACAGGAAAAACAGCUACUCCUGACCAGGCUGAUGAUGUUCAUAAAGAUUUGCGGAAGUGGAUGUCACAGAACUUAUCUGUAGACACUGCUAACUCUACAAGAAUCAUCUAUGGAGGCUCUGUUAACAGUGGAAAUUGCAAAGACUUAGCUGCGAGGCAGGAUAUUGAUGGAUUCCUUGUUGGAGGAGCAUCUCUAAAGCCAGAUUUUGUUACAAUAAUCAAUUCAAGAAUGUAAAUGACUACGCUUUUUUCCGAACACACAGACAGAUAACAAAAUGAAUGGCAAUUGAUUGAAAGCUGAAUUCAUUCAUUGUUUUAGAAUUGAAAUGACGUAUCCAACGCUUAGAUAGAUAAUUGAUUUAAUCCACCCAGUGUGUAUGCAAGCUAUUUUAUCAACUGAUAAUAUAAA